CAUGCCUAUGUCCUUCGGGAGUUCAGCUAUAGUCUAACUUCAGCCCCAUUAGUUCGAUCCCAAAACCUACUCCACACCUAACUUAGUUACCCUUUUCCACAGGACCACCACCCUCCCCGGUUAGUUUGAGUGUGCAUUUUUAUGAUGUCUUUAUAUUUGUUCCGUCUCUUUACUUACUAAAGAUUGCUUCAAAGACUUUUUUAUUAACCUUUUGAAGUAAUUCCCCUGUUUUAGUUGAUAUUUCAAAUCCUAGUCUACUCACUUGCAAUAUAUAGUGAGAGUAAAAUACUCAUCAAACACCACCAUUAUUGAUCUUCACCCAUUAAUACAACCGUUGAGGUGGAGCUAGCAAAACAUUUAAAGACACUGAAAGCUACCAGGACAAAACUUGUCCAAAAAGUUCCAACCCCACCACCCCCCAUCAGUCUAUAUAGAAAAACCCCAGUGACUCUGUCUUUGUUUUCAUCCAAAAACAAUCUCUAGAAACGCCCAAGUAUUUCCAAACCCUGUCCAGAACCAUGCAUGUCUUGGAAACAAAUUCCACAGAUUUCCAAACGGGCUUGCCAGCAAAAGCUCUCUCUCUCUUUUCCAUUUCUCCGCUUUCCUUCAUCACAUUUUUUGUGUUCUUUCCCUCUGCUAUGAUUGCUGCAGACAACACAAACUUGGUCUACAAGGGCUGUGCAGACCAAAAAUUCCAAGACCCAACUGGGAUUUACUCACAAAACCUCGAGACCCUUUUGUCUUCUCUGGUUUCACAAUCUUCACAGAAAACUUUCUCCAACGCCACCUCUGGUGGAGGCCAAAAUGACAUCAUGGGUCUGUACCAAUGCAGAGGGGACCUCAGUGGCCCUGACUGCAACAACUGUGUGAGCAAGGUGUCAGCCAUGGCUGACAAGCUCUGUGGCAAAGCUAUAGCUGCUAGGAUCCAACUGAGCGGCUGUUACCUGCGUUAUGAGGUUGUUGGGUUCAAACAAACUUCUGAUACUGAGUUGUUGUACAAGUCGUGUGGAUCAACUCAAGUAAGUAAAAAUGGGUUUGAGCAGAAAAGGGAGACAGCUUUUGAUAUGGUGGAUAGUGAGAUUAAGAGCGAUGGCGGUGCCGCUGGCGCUGGGGGUUUGUUUUACACAGGAAGCUACGAGUCAGUGUAUGUGUUGGGCCAGUGUGAGGGUGAUUUGGGCAGUGACAGUUGUGUGGAUUGUCUGAAGAGUGCUGUGGACCGGGCCAAAGAUGAGUGUCAUGAUUCAAUCUCUGCCCAAGUGUAUCUCCAAAAGUGCUAUGUUAGCUAUAGCUAUUACCCAGAUGGUGUCCCUAGCUUAUCUUCAGCAUCAGGGGCUGGGCAAGAACACACAGAGAGGACAGUAGCCAUUGCAGUAGGAGGUUUGGCAGCUUUUGGCUUUGUUAUUGUUUGUCUGUUGUUUCUUAAAUCAGUGAUGAAGAAAAAAGGUGGUAAGCGUGGAGGCUGAGUUUGAUUGCUCAUAUAUAUAUAUAUAUACAUACAUGUUAGUAUUCCUGGCUCUCUUACCCUUAAUUACAUCUUUUCUGAUCACUUUGCUUGGUGACCAUAUAUAAUUGACAAUUAUGUCAUUACAUGCAGAUUAUUUGUUGAAGUUUGCAAUGCUUUAUAAAGAUCGGUGGGUCUAAUUUUUUGACAGUAGCUUUUAUAUGAGAGUAACAGAAAGUAAAGUUAGGCAGAAUUUUAUUGGGGAAUGUGAAGGGAUAAGAUACUACUAACUUUAGCAGCAGUUUGUUUCCUCUGAAUGUGAAUGUACAAAGGAUUUAGAGCUGUUAAUGUAUAUCCAUAAAGUAAACUUCAAUUCUUUUAAUAUAGUGAUUCGUGUUGCUGCAA